AUGCCGCCAGCUAAUGGCAAGCGAUAUCUCACGUCUACCGCGGUCUUCUUCAACGAGGUUGUCAAACUUGCCAUCUCUCUUACUAUAGCCUUAUACGAAGUUUCCAAAACGGCGCCCCCAACCGUUCCUGCAACAUCCCUUUUCUUCUCCCUCACGUCUGCUGUUUUCUCUGGCGACAGUUGGAAGCUCGCAAUCCCCGCUAGCCUUUAUACACUUGCCAAUUCGUUACAAUAUGUCGCUCUCUCGAAUUUGCAGGCGGCACCCUUCCAAGUAACGUACCAGUUGAAACUCAUCGCGACCGCUAUUUUCGGCGUUAUUUUAUUGAACAGGGGCAUCUCACUGCGCAGGUGGGGUCUGCUGUUGCUCCUGCUGGUGGGCGUUGGGCUUGUGCAGAUACCCAUUAGCAGUACCGGGGAUGUUUCUCUCCAAGAUGAGGCGGCCGCGCACCAUGCCUUUCCGCGGUCGCUGGAAGAAUGGAAGGCCGCCAAGCUGGAUCGGCCAAAUCUCCAUAAGCGUUCGGCAACAUAUGAGGGUAUUGAAGAGGAUAUGAUGAACGCCUUUCCGCGAAUGAACGCAGUUGUUGGUCUCCUAGCGACUCUUGGCGCGUGCGUCGCAUCUAGCCUUGCCGGUGUAUAUUUCGAAAAGGUACUGAAGGAUAGUGCGAAGUCGACCUCGCUUUGGGUCCGCAAUGUCCAGCUGGCCGUGUAUUCUAUCUUCCCCGCUUUGUUCAUCGGUGUUGUCUUCUUGGACGGCGAAAAGAUUGCUGCCAACGGCUUCUUUGGAGGGUAUAAUUGGGCCGUGUGGUCUACCGUGGUUGCUCAAGCAAUUGGAGGGAUUGCAACAUCUUUCUGUAUUGGCCAUGCAUACCGAGAUGCAAGAAAUGUUGCUACUGCUACCAGCAUCUUUCUUACUACGUUAGGAAGCGUCUGGCUCUUUGAGUUUGAGCUAACUGGUAAUUUUAUUCUCGGAACGUUUGCAGUGCUUGUGGCGACCUAUCUUUGCGAAGAUCCGAGUUCGGCUUCCAGCACCAGCAAGCGCCAGGGACCUCGACCGCCACCGAUUCGCAUCGAUCAGUAUGAUAAAGAAUCCAAAAGCGAUGAUGUUUCGCCCGUGUCCCCUCCGCCAAACGAGUUUUCCAUUAAACUCCCCGGUACGCCGUUCCUUUCUGAUGCCGGCUUGUCGACAUCUAGGCCUACGUCACCAGGGCAUGUUAGGGUUAAUGCAGCCCGGACCGCCAGCGGUGGUUAUUUCGAUAAGCAGCUACGAGACCAGUGAUUUUGACGAUACGGAUACGAGCUCAGAUUUGCAUGCAGUGUGUAUAUUACGCUUUGCGUUUGGACCAAGUCCUAAGGGAAGUAAAUAAGCAUGGAUAGAAGCGAAGCUUUUCUUGUUUCAUCUUGAAUAUCAACAUCUCUCUCGUGCAUGUGACUUUUUGUUUCUGUUCUGUCCCCCCCGCCCUUUAUCUCUUUAUUUCUUUCCCUCUCAUCUUCACCCUUUUCUAAAAAAGAGACUAUUGAACGUCAUGUUUUAUAUUUUAGUAUAUAUCCGAUCACCCUGACCAAGCGCUCAGCUGUUUAGCAAUGUAUAAGUGUUUAUCGUCCUGAGGCUCUGGAGACACCUGUGACAGAGACUACUUGUGCCAAUCAAACUAUCAUACUGCUCAUUUUCUGGGUAGCUUCCAUGUGCUUCCAUGUCAGUCGUUCUCUAUUAGGAGCAGGUGACCUAUUCUCCCGUCUGUAAUUAAGUAACCUUUCAAUCUCUUUCCAUCAGCUUAUCUACUACUC